AUGCCCUGGGCGCCGUAUGCACUUUUCGUUAUUGCCAGAGACCUCUCUGUUGAAGCAAUCAACAAAAAGCUUCAACAGGCAUACAGUGGAGAAAUGAUUCCAGGCCUCUUCUACCUAGUCACAGGAGAUGAAUAUCCCGUCCUUACAGAACCCGAUGAUAGCAUGAAAGCGGGGGGAACCAUCCCUCCUAUUACCGGAUUCACUGCAUCCUCGUUCUCGGGCAAGACGAUAGAAGAAGCAGCAGCUUGGCUCCAGAACGGCCCCGAAUGGCUGUUUCUCGACCGCAAGAACUUCGCGGUGCUAGACGACAACUCCGAGGCUAAGGAUACGAUUACAAUUUGCAGGAGGAAUCCACGGAAGGCAGAUGGCACAAUCAGAAGCAAGGAUGAGUACGGGGAGGUACAAUUCUACCCGUGUACGGCGGACGAGGCUGGUAACUGUAUGAUAGUUGGAGCGACAAUGGCCGCCAAGUUCGAUGAUUAUUUAGAUAUUUAUCAGUUGCAACAGGUUCAUUACAGAGAGCCAGAUCUGAGUAGGGGCAAACCAUACUACAGAUUACCCGAAAGUGCUGAAUGGGAUUAUUGGCGAGGAGAAGAAUAAGAAAAUAUUUUGGAGGAGUCAAGAUAUGGCAUGUGUGAUGGUAAGAAGUCAGAGUGCAAUUAUUUUCGCGGACCGCGGGAAAAGCUGGCGGCGGGCGAUCCCCUUGAUCAAGCUCCACAUAGGGUCCAGCUAGGCUUGCUAC